AUGGCCUCCACACCUCCCCACUGUCCUUCUUCUGCCGCCGCAGAAAACGAACAGCCAGACAAACCCCACACAACACCAACAGCAUCGACACCCCCAGAAUCCCAAGAGCAACCGCUCCCCAAACUCUCUCCAGCGGACUUCCGCGCAUACAACCACAUGGCCGAGCACAUGGACUACUUCCACAACCACUUCCGCGCGACCUGGACGACGCUGAUGACCGCGUGCGAGACCAACAAGCGGCCCAAGAACCUCUCGAUGCGGCAGUUCAUCGGAAUGGGCCUGCAGCUGUGCCAGCAUCUCACCAUGCACCACACGAUCGAGGAGAAGCACAUAUUCCCCGUGCUGGCGAAGAAGAUGCCUGCGUUCCGCAAGGAGUUGGAGCUCCUGACGCAGCAUAAGCAGAUCCACAAGGGGUUGGAUCGGCUGGAGGAGUAUUUGUUGAAGUGUCAGAGUGGGGAGAGCGAGUUAAGGUUGGGGGAGUUGAAGGAGAUUAUGGAGGGGUUUGGGGAGGUGCUGUGGCAGCAUCUUGAUGAUGAGGUGGCGCAGUUGGGUGCGGAGAAUAUGCGGAAGUAUUGGUCGUUGGAGGAGAUGAGGAGGAUGCCGAUGUGA